GAAGGAAGAAAUCUCAGCACACAUUGAUUUUUGUCUGGCAGCAGCUCAUUCCCCAUCAUUACACACCUACUUCACUGAGGGACAAGCAACUCGAGGUGUGAGGUCUAACAAUGAGGUCAGCUCUCUUUAAAGUUGUUCUGUGCAUCAGUCUUACAGGGCCACUACUUGGUCAACAAGGAAAUGCUAAAGAGGACAAUAGCAAAAAGAAGGGGAAUUGUGAAGGAUGGGAGAGUUCUCUACAAACUCAGCUUACAACCCCCGAUAAGUUUUCUGAACUUCUGCAGACCUACAUGAAGGAGCUGCGCAGUCUCUCUGCGAAGUGUGUGGAAUCAUUUAAUCUCACACCCCAGUCGUCAGCUGUAAAGGAUCUAAUGAAUGCCCUGAACUCUGUUUAUGAUGAUUUGAACCCUGGGACCAGGAAAGCUGUCUACAACUGGAUUGAAUCAGUUUAUAAUCAGAAGAAAGGAAAAGAUACUGCUAGUUGGAUGACUGUCGAAGUGCUCCAGUUGCUAAUGCGUUUUCUUUUGCAAGCUCCGAUGUCUACCUUGAUGGCCUUGGCUGAGAGAAGCAACAGUUCACUGUGCACCUUCUACCUGAAUGAUUCCAAAAUCUGGAGCAGCCUCUAUGAUUUAAACUCGGCGCAAGCAAACACGAUUCUCAAGGGGCUUCAGAAGUGCAACAUCUCUAUUAUAACACCUGACGUGAUUCCCAAACUCGGACAGCUGACAUGUUACUUCACCCCCUAUGUCAGUAAGUUGAAUGAGACUGCCACUGCCGCUUUGAUGAACCAGCUGAAGAACUGCAGCAACAAUGUCAAAAAUGUGUACCAAGAGAUUGCAAGAUCUGUAAGUCCAAAUAAUUUGAAUGCUGAAAAACUGAAGAACAUUGGUGAAGCUGCAGUUGGACUAAGCAUCAGCCAGCUUGCAAACCUUAGCAAGGAUGCUGUUGUUGGAAGCUUGGCAUCACUAACAAAAAUGAAAAGCUGGAGCAACUCCCAGAAGACAGUGUUACUCAAGAAGAUCUUGGGUUCCAUGAAUCUUACUGCCGCUAACCUGACCCAACUUGGGAGUCUGGUCAGUGCUAUGAAGUCCAGCACUUUACAGACUUUAAAAGGCAAAGAUUUUCUGGAUGCUUUCAAAAACAAGGAUGUUACAGACUCCAUGGAAACCAUGCAGCCUGUUCAGAAGAAGUCCAUCAUUUCUAAGAUUUUAAAAGAGAAAUCAAUCAGUGAGACUCUGAAGGAUAUGCCAAUGGCAUUGCUUCCAGAGAUAUCCACCAAAUCUUUAAGGGAUGCUAAUAAAACAGCUUUCACCUUGGAUUUCCUUGAUCGUUCCAUUCUAUGGAAUAAAGGCCAGGCUUUGGUCAUCAUAAAAAAACUUGCUAACAAUGUGAGCUCCUCUGAUGACUUCAAGAAACUUAGGGGUGCAGUAAAAGGCUUCACAUGUGACCAGAUAAGGAAUUUAUCUUUGGACAGUCUGCGCACUCUGGCCGCCAAUGAGAACAUCACCCGGGAUCAGGUCCGAUGUGCCAGCAACUGUUAUUUUAAGGCUAUAAAUCUGACCAAUUCCAGUGCCUUUGUCAACAUGACACAGGAAAGCAUUAAGCAGAUUCCACCCAAUUUUAUACUAAUGUUAAGGUCUUUCAAGGAGCUGAUGAAUAUUUCCAGUUCUGUCUGCCCUACUCUGAUGGCCCUUCUUGCACAAGCUAACCCCAAAAUCAUACCCAGAAGCUCAGCAAGGCGCACAGAAGCUGCACAAUUCAUCAAGAAUUGUUUGAACAUCACAAACACCAAAGAUUUAACUUCCAGCCAAGUUGCCGAUCUGGGGUUCAGCAUCUGCUUUUUUGAUUCUAAAGACAUUGACAACUUAACCGCCACUUCUUUUCAGGAAGCUAUUAGCAGGUUGAAAGAGUGCGGUAAAUUUGAAGGCAAUUUGAACAAAUCUCUUGCCAAUAAAAUAACAGAAGUGUUUGGAAAACCCCAAAAUUGGACUUCAGAUGUCUUGAAUCAGCUUCAGUCUUUGCUGUCCGUGUUUGACAUCUCCCAACUGCAAAAGCUCAAUGGCACAGCAGACAUGAAGUUAAUCAUUGGAGACAUUCUCUCUCGAGUAGUAAGAGAAAAAGAGUUUGUAGUCAAAGAUUUAGAUUUCAUUCCCAACAUGGACUCUGUAAGAAAACUGUACUCUCAAUUGAUUCUUGGAUCAUCAGGAUCGUCACCAAGCAGCCGAAAGAAAAGAGCAGAUUGUACUGGUGUCAGGAUACCCACAACAGAUAACAUUCGACAGCUUGGAGAUGCUUCUUCUGAAUAUUCAAGUAUGGAACUGUCAUGCAUGUCCAGUGAAACUUUAACUAAUACCUUAGACAUUUUGUCCUCAGUCAAUGGAUUUAACAUGGAGCAACUGACUUCCCUUAAGAAUAAAGCUGAAGAGGUUUUUGGUAGCACUUUAGUCAAUGAAACCAGUAGCCUGAAAAGAAUAUGCCUGGCUUUUACCGGCACUGAAGUCACGACAUACUUUCCAAAUCCUGAUAUUGAUGUUCUCUCAAGCAUUGGGCCAUAUCCUGACUGGCUAAAUGUUACUUUCUUCUCUAAUGCCCAGAUAAUUGCAAACAACUUCUUGAAAACUAUGCCUGCACGUAGCCUGCUCAGUAGUGACCUGGUGGGCUUGGGUUACUUCAUCUGUGCUUUCAGCCCUGAACAGAUCAGCAAUAUCAGUCCCACAGAAUACAGUACUUCUGCUAACAGCAUUGGAAAACUAAACUGCCCAUUUCCUGUCUUGAGAGCAUUGAAGGAUAUUGCAGUUCAAGCCUUUGGAACCCCCAGCUCUUGGACCGCUGAUCAGCUUCAGGAAGUUGGCACUGUAACAGCUGGAUUGAGUAGCUCUGAACUACAAAGUAUCAAUAACUCUGUGGUGGCGUAUAUAACUCCAAUGGCUGUGUCUCUGAUCCCUCUAGAUGUUUUCAAAGGCUUUACUGUACAACAACUCGAAAACUUUGGGAUGGAGAAUGAAGUGGCUGUGACAAGCAGCCAGCGAAGUGUGCUUAACUCUGACCAAUCAAAUGCUUUGGCCAAGAACCAGAUUUCAGCAGCAUUUCCAGGCAGUGGGUCAUCCAACCUGAUGAGACCUUUGGAUGCUCAUAUUCUUCUCCUGCUGACUCUCGCUCUGUUGGGAAUCCCACAUUAACCAUUGAAUCUUCCAGGCUGACAAUCCAAUCCAUUUUUACUCGGAUGUUCUCGUCUCUCCAGAACCAAAAAGGCUUCAGAAUUAAAAGAUCAAAGAGACAGGCUUUUUCUCCUUAGAUAAAUUAAUUACUUUUUAUCAAAUUCUUAUAUGACCAUCUUCAUUCAUUUUUCAUUCCAAGCAUAUGUAGCACUCACUAUGAAAGCAUAAUGUUCUUUCCUUAAUGAGCUAUACAGUACAUACUGAAACGUUUUGGUUGUACAGUCAAAUGACUAUCUUCCCCUACUUCUACAGCAAACACACCCCUAGAAAACCAGUCUGUUUUCUUUAGGAUGGCCUUUGCACUUAUCUGUCAAAUGCAUCACAUUUCUGCAACACUGACAGGACAGUACCUUAUAUUUAAUGUCUUUUUAUAUGGGGUAAUCUUAAGUUUUUAAAUAAAUACAGUAUGAAAGUAUAAAAUAUGAAAAUAAAUAUAUACACUCUACUUCAUUCCAUUGCUCUAAACUGGUGUAACACAGGAGACCAACACACAAUUAAAACACUCUAAAGAAAAAUCAGUGAACUGUCAUUCCUCCUUACAACUCCACGUUUCCUGACUGUUCUCUCUCCUCAGUAUAGCCAGGUUAACUUUCAAAAUCGCAAGCCUGAUCAACUUGAACUGCCUGUCCCCUGCUUGCAUCUCUACUGUAGCAACAAAACACUUCAGGGAAAAUGUAUUAAAAACUGAUGGCAAAUCGACUAUGAUUUUUAUCUGGUGAAAUGUGAGGGUCAGGAAUAGUAACUAUGUUUUUAACCAAAACCAGACCACCGCCAACUUCAAAACCUUUAAAUAAUUUUCAUUUUUGAAUUUUUUUUAUUUAGGGCCAAAAAUAUAUAAAUGGAGUAGGCCUGAAUAUAUCAACAAACAACUAUAACUAUUUUUUAUCAGUAAGAUAUUCUGUAACUGUACCUUUCUGAUCAUUACAGCAUAUCAAGUCGGGUGAGAGCAGCAGUCAGGACACAUGUGAGAACUUCUUUUGUAGAUCACUUUGGGUAAAAGCAUCUGAUAAUUAACUGAAUAAAAAUUUUAAUUAUUAGCUAAAGCAAGCUACUGUAUAUUCGUUAACACAUGUGUCACAAUUGAAUGACACUUGACCACAUCAAAAAACAUGCUGGUGACAGAGCACACAGACCACAUUCUGAGUUGGUCAGAAAUGAGCAGUGAUCACAUUUAAUGAGAGUCGAAAUGCAAAUGUGUUUUCUAUCAACAUACAUAAUCCAGUCAGCAGAAAAGGUAAAAGAAUCAAUUAGCCACAGACAUGUGUGUGAGUGGAAUAGCAGCAACAGCAUGUGAAGUUGCACUACCAUCUCUUCCUUGAGGCUGUCAUAUCUUUGGCAUCAAGCUAAAACACAAAAGUUCUUUAUAGCAGUGUGGCAGGUCACCUUCUUUUAACUUUUUCGUGAUGGGUCAUUGCAAACAGCCAGUUCUCAUUCUAACUACAGCUUAGUAGCUUCUGUGUGCUGUGCUGAAUAGGUAAACACAAGCAGACAAUCGAGAUGGAUUUUAAUACCAGGGAUAAAUGUAAUCUAGCUAAAUUAUAUAUGGACAAAAACUGUGCAUGAAACUAAAUUUAAAGGGGGUCUUAAAACUAAUACUCAUUACUGGUUGUACAUAACAUGUUUUGAAUAUUGAUGAAGCGGAACACUUUAGAAAGGUUCAGCCUGUGGACCUUAUGUUUGACAGAAGCAAACUUCCUCUAAAGAUCUGCUGGUAAUACUUUAGUUUAGGUAGUGCAAAAAUGCAUCUAUUACUCAUUCAUCUUAUGCAACAAGACUUAAUAAAGGCUUCUUUUGGUCUUCAUACCACGUAUAAAACAUCAGUAGAUAAAAUAUUCAUCUUUGUGCAGUUUGGCAAACUGAUAUGACAGUAUUACUUGUUAAUAUGAAGGAUUCUCAGACCUUAUACUAAAUACGUAAGAUCAACAGAAAUGUGUCUCAGUUAAGCCACCUCAGAACACUCCAAAGUGACGUUUGUUAAUUGAUCAUGAAUAAACACUUUACUGAUGUUUUGUAAGCGUUAUGAAGAAACCCGAAGUACCUAAACUAAAAUGUUACCGAUUCGCUUGUUUAUUUCGUAUUGUUGAGUUUGCCCUGUUUAUAUCAAAUUUGGACACACAAAGCUGUACAUGCUCAUGAUUUCAUGGAUCACGCGUGCCUAGCAAAAACACAGUAUUGUAGCAAGCAAACAAACAAAACGGUUGCAAGAAUAAAUAAAAAAAAAAAACAGUCAAAAUGGUGGUGCCAAUAGACAAACAGACACAGAAUAGAGAUAAUAAAAUAAUUCAACCACAAAAACAGUUAUUAACUUAAAUAAUUCCAAUGAACACAGCUCUAUUGAAUUCCUACCAAAAUCACACUUGUAGCUGAGCUGAGAUCUACUACCAAACAAGUACCACAUCUGAUCCUCUCAAAGUUCCUCUCAUAUUAAAAAAGGUUUAGGGCCAAAGACAAUAUGAAGCUUUUUGUAAGUGGCAUUAUGAAGUGGCCCAAUUUACAGCAACAUUGUAUUAAAAUGUAGGAAGAACUCUUUGACAUGAAGAAGCUUGUGAAACAGAGGCAUAGAAGGAACAGACCGUGACAAAAGAAGAAUAGUUGGGGAACCAACCAAGUUGUCCCAUUUAAUGUCCUUUCUUUUCUUUCCUUUAACUUAAAGUCCACACCUUUUGGUGGCAAAACAAUGCAGCCCUAAGGGCAGCACAACAUAAAUAAGAGGCUCUAUCUAGCCAAAUCUCUUAACAAAACAGGUCUCCCGAGGAGCUUGGGCUUCUUAUCUUGUGAGGACUUAAAGGGGCGGGGCUAAGUGCCCUCAAUGGGUGUUUCUCUGAGCUGUGGGGAGAGAAGAAGACAUGGUUAGCAUAAGCACCCUCUCUGAUGCUGGCUGCAUAUGCAUGAUGACAUUUGUUAAAACUGAAAGUACACUAUAUACUACAUUAAUAUACACUAUAUCUGAGACCCUACAUGUAUGUAUAUAUAUAUAUAUAUAUAUAUAUAUAUAUGUAUAUAUAUCUUUCACAAAUGCUCAUAGUAACAAAAUCUUUUUGUAGCAUUUGUUUUCUGUGUGUUUCACUGUGAAAUUUUGAGACCACAGAAGAAAAAUAGGCAACUUUUUUUUUUAAAUGGGGUGGGGGUAUUUUAACUAACAGACACACUUUGUUGUUUAUAUUCACACUUUGGUUAGUCUUACAAAAGAAUAUCAAAUGGUGAAAAUAGUUUCUUGAUAAAAAAAGAAAAAAUAUUACUGUGGCCUAAAACUUUCCUAAUGUUGUUAAGUGCAGCUGAAGGCAUAUGUAAAUAUAAUUUGCAGUUAGCUCAUGAAGUGUUACUGAGAAAUUUUAAAGCUUAUGAACAUACUAUCAGGAAUAGAUUUCUUUCCAAUAUUAUUUUUCUUUUCUUUACUUAUUUUUUUAACAAGAAGAUUUGUUUUGUAUGAAUGUGCAUAUUGUAGGUGUCAUGAUUAUUUUUAACUAGCACUGGUCAUGGAGUCUUUUUCUCCAAAUAAGUAAUUUUCUUCAAACAGAAUUAAUUGUCUUCUUUCAUGUUAGUCCUGAGAUGGUAAUGACUGUAAACAUUCAUCAUAAUUAACACAUAUAUUUAAGUUCUUUAAUUUGCUUUUUAUUUUGCAUUUAUUAAGUGAAUGUACGUGUGUUAGAAAUCGGUCCAACAAAAACAUGACUAAAAAGCAUUAAACCCCUACCUUCAGAGAGUAAAACAAUGUCUUGAAGUGACAGAAAUUUCCAUAAUUUGGUGUUCACUCAUUUGCCCCACAAAGUAAAGAGAUGGUGUUAAUUCUAAUGCAAGUUUCUAAAUAAAGAUGUGAUGAGAUUAGCAGUGUUAA